CUGAGCUGGCCGGAAACGCUAGAGCUUUGUGCGUCAUCGCCAAAUCCUGCCGUCCUCCGCGAGGCGGAACCAAUGCGAUCACGCAAACCGUUCCGCCUUACCGGAAACACCUACAUCCAGAAGACCAAGAAGUCGUACAUCGACAGCCGGGCGCGCAGGAACCUGGGCAGCAUCAACACCGAGCUGCAGGACGUCCAGAGGAUCAUGGUGGCCAACAUCGAGGAGGUCCUGCAGAGGGGGGAGGCUCUGUCCGCGCUGGACUCCAAGGCCAGCAACCUGUCCAGCCUCUCCAAGAAGUACCGCAGCGACGCCAAGUACCUGAACACGCGCUCCACCUACGCCAAGCUGGCGGCCGGGGGCGUGUUCUUCAUCAUGCUCAUCGUCUACGUGCGCUUCUGGUGGCUCUGA